AUGUCUUUCACACGACAUUUUCGAUUUCCAACUCAUGGCUUUGUUCAUUGCACAGCAUUCUCCGUUCCAGCGAUCUAUCAUCUCCUCAAAGCCUCAAUCCAGGAGUUCAAGAAUACAUCCGCCAUGACGCGCAAGUCUAGUGUCAGCAACCCAGAGGAAGGCGAGGCGUCUAGACAGAACUGGGAACGUUACACUUGGCUGUCUAUAAGCAAGGAGUGCCAGAAGCGUGGCUUCUUUCCUGCCACUUCAGCUUAUGAUGAGAAGGGUCUCCUGAGAGAGUCAGCUUGCCCUGAUCUUCACCGUCAUCAUACCUACUACUACCAGCACAUUGCCCACUAUGGUAGCUUAGACGCAAUGCCUGUCGUCAAGCUUAAGCAGGGAAUGGUCGUCAUUCGGUGGACUACUGCUAAGGAGCAUGAACGCCAGCAGCGAAUCGCCGAUAGUUCGUAA